CGCCAUUUUCCCCCUGGUCGGUUAGUCACUUAGAGCCGAGCGGCUGCUGAGAGGCCUCGGUUCCUCUCUCCGUGUCUGGUGGUAGGGGAAAGAGGACGGCGCAGCUCCCCUCUCCCCCUGUCCAACCGUCCCUCUGUCUCUGGACAUCAGCCCACUGGGGUUAAUUGGCUACCACCAGGCCAGGCUGCGCCUUCCUUCCUUGCACACCUCUGCGUCCAGCCCCGUCCCGUGUGUCUGAGCCUUUGAAACAAGUUGCUGAUGUCCAGUUACACCAAAAGUGUGCCAGACAAACCCUAUAUGAAUAAGGUCCCUAUGGGAUUUGGUUGCUGCAUGAGCCGAAGGUUAUGCGCUUCUGUUGGAAGACUGGGCCUGUGAAAGCCACAUAUACGGCCCAUAAUAAUAUGAGCAAUAUUGCAGCUAGCCCGAUGUCAAAUGUUGCCUCUUCAAGCAGCGGAAGAGGGACAGGGAAAUCAACAAGCUUUACUCCUGAACUGCAAAGUAUGAUGUUUUCCUUAGGGGAUGUUCGCAGGCCCCUUCAUGAAACAGCAGUAUUAGUGGAAGAUAUCAUCCACAUGCAGCUGAUUAAUUUGUUGCAGCAAGCAGCUGAAGUUUCUCAGCUGAGAGGAGCUCGAGUCAUCUCUGCUGAAGAUCUUCUGUUUUUGAUGCGCAAAGAUAAGAAAAAGCUUAGAAGGCUGCUCAAAUAUAUGUUCUUCCGAGACUACAAAUCUAAAAUUGUCAAAGGCAUUGAAGAAGAUGAUCUCCUUGAAGACAAAUUCAACAGUAGCAGUGUCAACAAACGUCAGAAGCUGGCUCAAGACUUUCUCAACUCUAUUGAUCAGACUGGGGAGCUCUUGGCUAUGUUUGAAGAUGAUGAGAUUGAUGAUGUUAAACAAGAGCGGAUGGAGAGAGCAGAAAGACAAACACGAAUGAUGGACUCAGCCCAGUAUGCAGAAUUUUGUGAAAGUCGUCAGUUAAGCUUUUCCAAGAAAGCUUCCAAGUUUCGUGAUUGGCUGGACUGCAGCAGCAUGGAAAUAAAACCAAAUGCAGUUGCCAUGGAGAUUUUGGCAUAUUUAGCAUAUGAGACUGUGGCACAGUUGGUGGACUUGGCUCUUUUGGUCAAACAGGAUAUGGCUCCCAAAGCAGGUGAUCCAUUCAGUCAUGCAAUAUCUGCUACCUUUAUACAGUAUCACAAUUCUGCUGAGCCACAUCUCUUAGGCCAGACCACAAAUAUGAAGAGUAGUCUUGACUCCCCCGAAAACACACCACCUCCUACGCCCACUCCCCCAGCAUCAGCAGGACCACAACACCUUGGGAAAACCCUGUCCGGAGCCCUGGGGAAUGGAGGCAUUGGACAAGACUCCACCAAAGUCAAACAAAGAAAAAGAAAAAAGAGCACUGCAGCUUGUGGUAUAGAGGCUCAAAGCGAUGCCAUCCAGCCCUGCCACAUCAGAGAGGCCAUUCGGCGCUACGGCCACAAGAUUGGCCCCCUUUCCCCAUUCACAAGUGCCUACCGCAGAAAUGGGAUGACUUUUCUAGCCUGCUAAUAUGGAUGUGGCUGCAGUGACAGGAAAGGCAGUGUUAUAUUAAGGUGAUUUUCUUUUCCCCUCCAUGGAAGAAAAAAAAUAUAAGCUCUAAUGUGUCUGUGUACCAGUGAGUGGGCUGGUUUGUUGUGACUAUCUACUGGCUGACUCCGUCUCUUUUUCCAGCCCCCUCAAUCCAGCCCCCUCAAUCGUUAUUCUUGUUUACUAGCUGGAAUGUUAAGCUAAUUAAUGGCAGGAUGUUUGGGAUAGUGUGUAGGUGGACAAGAAUGCAGAUCACACAAUUUUGAAAUUUGCAAUGGGCUUACUGCUGUCAGCCCCCAUAUCUAAAGUGCAGUGUCAUUUUUUAUUUUUGAAGUCUGUAUGUUUUAAUAGAUGUGUUGUUUUGUAAAGCAGGGUUGACGCAAAAAGAGGCCAAGGAUUUGGAUGAUUAUUUAUGCUUUCCUUGUUUUUUCAAAAGUAAAACUGCAUUGUUUUGUAUUUAAUUCCUCUCAAAUCAAUUUUUUAGACAAUGCUAAAAGAAUAAUACCCUCUCUAGCCAAACAAGGGAUUUUUCAGUGAGGAUGAUGCAUAGGAGGGGAGAUGAGCUAAGUUCAGAUAAGAAGGCUUUUCAGAUAGGAAGACUUCAAGUAAAUGACUUCAGGUCUUCUUGUUUCAGUUAAAUAUUAGUAUUUUUAGAGUCCCAAGGAGCAUCUACACUGAAAUCUGUAAAUUCUUAAUAUUGAAAUCUCUUUUCUUAUUCUCUUCUCUCCCCUGAAGUCAGUGGGAGUCUUUCUUUUGACUUUAAUGAUCAUUGGAUCUGUCCUUUUGGCCCCAGUUCACAAGGUACUUAAACGUAUAUAACUUUAAGCAUAUUGCUCUGUUGACUUCAAUGGGACUACUCAAGUACUUAAAGUUACAGCCCUGCUUAAGUGCUCUGCUGUACGGACCUGAUCCUGUUAAUGUUAAUGGGAGAAAAUCCAGGCCCUUAUUUAUUUUUAAUUUCUGUUGCUCCGCUUUGUUUUUUUUUUUCUUUU